UCACCACCACCAUCAUCACUAUCGCCAACACUGACUCCAAGAACACAGCAGACAAGUGCAAUGAUGACUAGAUGAAACUACUACUGUGAUUCUAUACAGAAAGAGAGAGAGAGAGAGAGAGAGAGAGAGAGAGAGCAGUACGUAGACGCACGUAUACACAUAGAUACACACUAGCGUACAUACACAGAUAUACAGGCGCGACUACACACACGCACGCGCUCUCACAGUAGUCGCGCACUUACACACACAUAGUAGCACACACGCACUCACACAGAUACAUACGCACAGAGCUAGCACGCAGCUUGGAUGAAAAGAGAGAGAGAGAGAGAGAGUGAUCAGACUACUGGCCUCCCAACCAUUCAUGCAUACCUGCUCGGCUAUCUUCGAUGAUGUGAUUUCCCGGGUUCGAUUGAAUCACCAUCGACAGCUCAUGACUGAUUGGAUUCUACAAACAUCAGCGAUUCUCUUUCUACGUAAGCUUUGAAACCCGUGUUGGAAUUACAAGAGAGACGGAAGGGUAGGUAAAAAAGAGAGAUAAACAGAUUAAUUAGCAGCUAAUUGGAUUGACAGACGAAUGCAUGAUUAGAUUAUAUUAUGAAUAUAUAUCUAUAAGAUACGUGUAGGCAGAUGGAGAUAGAUAAUGUUUAUGUGUAUAUACACAGACAUACAGUCAACAAGAUAAACAGACACAUAAAUAGAUAAAUUACGAGAGAGAGAGAGAGAGAGAGAGAGAAAUGGUAGAACCAAUAUGCGAACACGCAGCUAGACAUACCUAAACUGAUAUAAGGAAUAUAUAUAUACGUAUAGCCGUACAUAUAUAUACUCGUACUUAAUCCUAUAUAUACACGCGGACAGCACGGAUUUACAAAACUAUUUCACAAGAGAAUGUUCCCUUCUAAGAAACGACUUUUAAUUUAUUGCUAAAUUGGAAUGAAUUUCAAUGUGGGAAUGAGCAGCUGAGACAGACAUCCUUGCAAGACGCAAUGAGUUUGAGGAAUGCUAUACGAGCUCGAUUCCGAAACGCAGACAAAUCUGAGAGGGGCGGUGGGCCCACAGCUGUGGGAGCAACUGGUUGUGGAGGCAGUGUUGGUGUCAGUGGCAGCAUUGGGGAAGAGAAGGAAAAAGACAAGGAGAAAGACGAAGAAAUUUCUUCAGCACCAAGUUCAAUGAUGACUCCGUCAGUGAAUUCAUCCAAUCGUAAAGUCUCUCGUCCAGGCAAAAUGAACAUCCCAAAAGAUGAAGAAGACACAAACACUUUUGAAUUAAUAACUGCUGACCGUGAAGGAGAAAACAGUAGUUUGUCAGGACAAGGAACACCUGAAUCACCUCGCUCAGAAUGCAUUCAUCCACUUAAUUCUGAAGAAAGGUUGAGUUUUGAGCAUCAACUGACCCACCUUCAAGAACAGCUGGUGGCUAUUAUGAUAGAAAACCAAGCUCUGAGCAGUGAGUUACAAGAAUAUAAGAAAGCUUGUCAAUUUGAGAAAGUUAAACAAGAACUUGACUACGAAAAAAGCCGAAAUGUUCAUUUGGAAGAAAAAUGUCAGUCGUUAGAGAAGCGAAGAAGAAAAGUGCAACGGAGCAAAUCUGAUGCAACACAUCACGUUUCACCAGAUGAGACAGACUCCAAUGAAGUUAAAGAUCGUUCCCUUCCAACAGAAGAUCGAGAAGUUGUCAAUGACUUGACUGAUGUAAAUUCAAUUGGUCCCAAGACGCGCUGGCAACGGAUUUGGGAUGCGGUUGUUGAUCAGAUCUCUGAAGUCAUCAACGAUUUCUCUGAAGUUCCAGAACCAAAUCCGGAAAUUGAUUCUGAUGGAGAUCCUUUAACUGUCCGAAAGCUAAAGAAUAAUAUCACCCGGUUUGGUGCAGUUACACAACCAAUUAUGAACACAAUGCGUGGUCUGAAAAAUCUCAUUUCAUGGAAAUCACCUUCAUAUACGCUUUUUGUUUUCACUGUCUACAUAUACUCAGCUUGGUAUGGUCUGCUGCUUCCUUUGUGUCUGUUCCUCGUUUUCUUCCGCCUUUCCAUCAGUUACAUGCGAUACAGAGGCUGGAAUAUCAACCUUCAUUAUUUAGAUCCAGGGGAAAUUGUCAAUGAAUCAGAUGAUAAAGACAAAGGAGUUUCAGAUAAAUUCAGUGUUGUUCUUCAAGUGGCUAAAAAAGUGCAGAAUACAUUAGGUGUACUUGCUGAUACUUUAGAAAAAGUGAACAGUCUCCUGACGUGGCGCUAUCCACCUGCUACAAAACAACUCUACGUUACCGUUUGUCUUGCCUUCCUAGUUUCAUGUCUCUUCCAAGCAUCCGCGAUAUUCUAUGUAGCAGGAAUACUUCUGGGAAUAAAGGUUUUUAUCAUUGAUUACAUGUUUGAACAUUUUCCUCGCUUAAAAGAAAAAUACGAUUCAUCUCAUCGGUUGUGGGAAAACCUCCCAACAGACGCAGAAUAUCGGAAGAAGACCACAAGAGUCCAAAUUGAUAAGGUUGCAUCGUUUCUUAAUAUCAAUCGGCAAGAUACAUGUUGCCAAGCUAAAACAAAACAGCUUGAUCUGUACCAUGAGCCUAGCAAUACCAGCUGUAACUCAAAACCAAGAUUUGAAAUCUUGGCUCAUUUUUUGGCAGCAAUAGAUAUAAAUGAUCCGAAAGCAGAAUCAAUAAUUAAAAAGUUCCAACAUAUUCUGGCACAGAAAUGGGAGAAAUAUUCCAGUGCUGCCACACAUUUCGAAAACGAACUCUCAUCGUUAAGCCGUGGUUCUUUCACAUUCAAUGAAAACUCCUUUGAUUUGACACCCAAACAUAGGUUAGACAUUUUCUCAGUGUUACCACUAUCUCAAGGCAAAUCGAAAGAAUAUAAUACAAACGAACAGAACAUAGAUUUUCAUUCCUCUUUUUCGUCUGGAAUAAAUUUAAUUGAAAAUCAGGUGAAUAAUGUUAAGCAUAUCCUACCUUUGAGUCAGUUUGAAGACCGAGAUGACAUGGAUCAUAUGGUUGAUCUAAUGACAGACGAUGAUAAAUCUUUCUGUGAAUUAUUCAACUUGCCUCUUAGUGAAAACCCUCUGCCAGGUUGGCAAGGAGGACGACGCUGUGCAUUGAUUAACAAAGAUAAAAGUUUAACAGCAGCUUUUAAAAAUGGUAAACUAUUUCUCACACGAAGUUUUUUGUGCUUUGAAAGAACGAAAUCACCAUCAAGCAAGAAUUUUGUACUGCCACUUUCUGACAUUGUCAAGUUGGAACGUGCUAAACCGUAUCCAUGGUUACCUGGUGGAGGCAUGGCUAUUGAAGUCACAAUGGCUGGUUCUGAUAAGCCUUACAUUUUCGGUGCCUUAUUGAAUCGAGAAGAAUGCUACCAAAGUAUACACACAGCAGGUUCUGCAGGCGGCUGGGCCUGUCCGGAACCAUCUUCUGGAUCCAUUUCAUCUUCGUCUUCCUCACCAGUGUCAUCAGCAAUAUCCCAACCAAAGUCUUCUCCACACAAAAGACAUAUCCAGCGGAGUCAAACAUUAAGAUUUGAUGAAAAUGUUGCUUAUGCUAUUUCAGACAAUGAUAAUCACUGCUGAUGUCAUCAUGACAAACAUUUCAAAAACAAAAUCCCUUUUUUUUAUUAUUAUAAAAAGUUGUGGGUGAUGGUCAGGAAUGGAUAUACAUACAGAAUUCAUCUUAAACAAAAGUUAUUCAUCAAAAUAUUAACGUCAUCUUUGGAGUUAAAGAGUUUUUUUUUUAAAAAGCAAAUACUUACUGCAUCGACAGAAUCGCUAGAGCUUCGAGCAAAUCGCUUUGUGGUAUUUAGUUAUGUCCCUUUAUGUUCUGAGUUCCAAUCCCACCAAGGUCAUCUUUGCUGUUUAUCCUUCCAGGGUCGAUAAGAUAUAGUACCAGUCUUGUACUGGGGCUAAAUAUAAUCAAUUAUGCCCACUCCUUGAGAAUUAUGACCUUGUGCCUAUGUUUGAAACAAAAAGAAAAACAAAAAUCAAUAUUUACAUUACAUUCUCUGUUUGAUCUCCAAUCAUCACCAGGUGUCUUACUCCUGAACAUGUACAUAAUACGAGCCCGAGUUUGAACUGGGAACUUUUAUUUUUAAACUAAGGAUUAUGAUGCUCUUAUCCACUAGGCUGCUGAAUCUGUUCUGCUAUUAUAUAUUUAUGCUAUAAAUGACGAUGAUCAGAUAUCAAACUGAUGAGUUAUCAACUGAUCUUAUAUUAAACUGAUGUGAUAUCAACUGAUCAGAUAUUAACUGAUCACAUAUCAAACUGAUCAGAUAUCAAUUUGGUCUGCUACUAUAUACGUAUACUAUAAUAUGACACCUGAUGACAAUUGGAUAUCAAACUGUUCAGAUAUCAACUGAUUGAAUAUCAAUCUGGUCCGCUACUAUAUACAUAUCCUGAUGAUGAUGAUCGGAUAUUUCCUGAGUGGAUAUCAACAAUUGAAUACCAGUCUUGUCUGUUAUUUUAUGUGUGUGUGUGUGUGUGUGUCCUGUAAUACAACACCUGAUGACAAUCAGAUAUCAAACUGAUUGAAACAUAAUAUAGAUGUAAAUAUGUUGUUUUUUUUAAUAUUGCUGUCCAAAGAUGGGGUUAAAAAUAAGAAGUCUGUUACCUUAAACAACAACUUUUGGCUAAGCUAUUUGUUUGUUUGUUUUUUUAGGUUUUUAUUUGUUUAUUUUAAUUUCAUACACAUAUAUUUGUUUAUACAUACAUGCAGCAAACAACAUUUUCAUACGAGAAAUUCAAAAAUCAAAAUAAAACAAAAAUAAAUUAAUUAAAAAAUAAAAAAUAAAGACAAUAUAUAUGAAGAGUAAAACAAAUAAAAGAAAAGAUAAACAUGUGUUUACAUGCUUAAUAUCAAAUAUGCAUAUAAUUAUAAAUAUUUUUUAAUGAAAAACAAAAAGAACAAAAGACUCACUGAAAUCAAAUUCUAUGUUGUAUCAAUCAGUAAAAAAAAAAAGAAAAUGAAAACAAGAAAAAAAAAAGCAAAUUA